AUGCCACCGCGACGGAGAAAGCCACCUCGCGCAGGCGCCCUCACUGAACUCCCACCUCUAAAGAUCAUCCGUUCUAUUCUCCUCCUUCAACUUUCCUACUACGCGACUGCGUUUGUAUUAAUACUAUUUACUACGCUCGUGCUCGGCCAGAAGUUCUCGUUGGCCCUGAUAUUCGACUGGAAGAGCGUAAGAGGUGACAACACGAUCGGCUGGACCAUCGGCUUCCUCUGGGUGAUCGAUGGCUUCAUAACAGUAAUUCCAAUAAUCCUUCUCAUCGCGCGCUCCAAACUGGUCCCCGAUUUUGCUUUGACCAUCCACUUCUUCCACCUCUUAGUUACGUCCUUCUAUACAAAAUCGGUUCCAACAAAUCUUCUCUGGUGGGGCCUGGAGGCCGCCAGUGCCAGUCUCAUGAUCAGCUUGGGGGUCUGGGCUUGUCGGUAUCGUGAAAUGCAGCCUAUUUCGUUUGGCACGGUUCCGAAGAAAGGAACACAGAGUGCCGGAGACGGGCUGGUCGAGGCUGAUGACGAUGUUCGUGGCGGUCAGGGACGGAGCAGAAAUGUCGAUACCGGACCGAGCUAUGAGAUGGUGAAUGUGGCGAGGGCAGAUGAAAAUGUAUAG